GUCCUUCACAGUUUAAAUGAGAGUGAGGUCUUAGAAGAAGACUAGUCUAGGAAGACUGUGCAAGACUGUGGAAGACUGUGGCAGCCAUCAGCGCUGUUUUAUUAAAAACUUCGGAUUAUCCAUCCAAAAAGGACACCCAGGACACCCAUCCUAGCAAUACAUAGCAGCUAUAGCCAUGGCCCACUCAAAAGUGAUACUCAAGAUCCUGUUCUCGCUGUGCGUCUGGUCCUUUGUGAUCAUCGGGCUGUUUAAGAUGCAUGGCACUAAUCUGGUGCCGCAGGAGUACCAGCAAGUGCCGUUAAACGGACGCAUCCUACUGCAAAAGGAUAUGCGUUUCGCAGAAACCACAUCCACGACCACAGAUCACUUUGAUCCCAGUGAGAUUCUGGUGGAUAAUAGAACCGCCAUGGACGAUGAUCAGCUGGUCCGGGAUGUUGAAUCAAGGAUACCAUCGCUGCCCAUUGCCUAUUGGAGCAAAAAUAAGAACUUUUUGCAACAAAAGUCCUCCACCUGCGCCAAAUAUCCGUCCAUAUUCGAGCUGGAGUUCAACAACAUCUACUGGCAGACGUUGCGCACCUCGAACGGCACCUUCCAGCUGUUUGGCGCCUACUACGAUAUACGGCGUACCUCGCUGCUGGGGCCCACUGUACGCAUCCUGGGCAUGAUCGAUCGGAUCGAGCCCAAGGUCAAGACCUACUGCCAGUUCUGGUUCGACGGCCAGAAGGAGCCGUUCAUCGUCAAGACGUUCGAGUACAAGUACAUCUGGUACAACAAGUGGGGCAACUACAAGCAGGGCAUCUACCAGCCAUACCUGAUCGCCUGCCAGAUCCCCAAACCGUUCCACGGCGUCGUCCCCAGCUCGGUGUCCAUGGUGGAGAAGGAGUGCGACACUGCCACCAAUAAUCUAAGGGUCAUCUACAACCGGCCGCCGGAUGACCAGAAAAAGGGUUUUGCCGUUUGUGUCAAAGGCUUGGACUUCCUGUACGAUGAUCUCAGUGUGCGGCUGAUCGAGUGGAUCGAGAUGCUGAAUAUCCUGGGGGCCGACAAGAUCUACUUCUACAACCUGCAGGUACAUCCCAACAUCACCAAGGUACUUAACCACUACGAGCAAGAGGGCAAGGUCCAGGUGAUACCACUGACCCUGCCCGGCGGGCAACCGAAUGUGCCCGGUUUCCAGCACCUGUACCUCACCAAAAAGACGAACCACAAGCGACAGAACGAGGUGAUCCCCUACAACGACUGCCUCUACAAGAAUCUCUACCUGUACGACUACAUAGCCCUCCUGGACAUCGACGAGGUGAUCAUGCCCAAGGGCGGAGCCGUGCUCUGGUCCGAGCUAAUGGACAAGGUCAAGCCGGAAUCGCUGAAAAUCAAGCCGGACGGCUUCCAUAGCUACAACUUCCGGAAUGUGUACUUCCUGGAUGACCAGCAGCACGAGCACGGGUGGCACAAGGAUAUCCCCAAGUACAUGCAUAUGCUGCAGCACGUCCAUCGGGCCAAGAACUAUACCAAGCCGAACCAGUAUGUGAAGUGCUUCCACGAUCCGGAGAGGGUGCUGACCCUCCACAACCACUUCCCGCUCUCCUGCCUGGGCGGAGUGUGCAAAUCCUAUCCGGUGGACACGCAGGACGCCCAGCUGCAGCACUAUCGGGCGGAUUGCGUCAAAACGCUGAAGAAGAGCUGCGAGGAAUACCGCGAGAACUCCGUGGAGGACAAGACCAUUUGGAAGUACAAGGACGAGCUCAUCCGGCGCACAAUCAAGGCCCUGGACACGCUCGGCUUUUUCCGCCGCCAGGGCCUCAACUCCGGCUCUUCAGGAUCCGGGGGUAGCAGCGGACUGGGCAGCGGUGCCACAACGCACUCAACGGAGCGGUGAUUCAUGCUACUGGGGGGAGGGGGAGGUAGCUGGUCCUGGCCCUGGCAGCUCGUGGAGGCGUCCGGCGGAAGUUUAGGAAAUGAAGAGUUCUUUGUGUAAGCCUCUUGUGUGAUCUUGUGUGUCUGUCUUCCCCAUUCCGGCGGUGCUGCCCCCGCCCUGAACUGUGCCCAGGCCGUACAGUCCUGUAGGCAGUAGUGCCCUAGCCGUACAGAGUAGCCUGUACUGUCUACGCAGAUACGGUCACACU